AAAGUGGCGAGUGACGGAGAGUGUCUGAGUUCCUGGGGGAGAGUUCCUGGGGGAGGGGGCAGCAAUGGAGGACGACGCUUGGACAGAGAAGGGGGAGAUGAGGAGGUUGGUGUCGGCAGAUCUGACGUUGCGGGUGGGAGUGUGUUGGUGCAGGAGGUCAGAAAGACGCGUGAACACACACUUCCUGUUUGACAUGUUUUACCAGGUGUGUCACAGCAUGAAUACCAGGUGAUUCAACCGCUCCUGGUUUCAUUUUGUGAUUGGCUAGUCUGUCUAGUAUACAGGUGAGUGGUUUUAUUGGGCGGUGGUGGUAGGUAUUGAGAAGGCUAUAUGUGUCUGUCAGAGUAUGUUAAAGUGUGUGGGUGUGCAGUGAGAUCACAGGACGCAGAGUACAUGUUUGCUCAGUAAUCUCUGGCUGAACCUGUCUGUUAGGUGUGGGCUUGCUGGCAUUGACUUGCACAGGUAUGAGGAGAAAUCCACACAGACCUGAGAGAGGAGGGGAACUCCAGCGCUUCUGUGACGAGAACAUUUAAUUUCUCACAAAAGUACGCGGGGAAAGGCACACGCAGGAACACCUGUACAAAGGACAGUGGCAGAUGAAACCCGUGGGAACAAGGGAGGACUGUUUUGGAAGGACAAAGACACUUAAGAAUGUAACAUAACCCAGAGGAGAUUCUUCUACAGCAGUUCGAUCAAUGGGUCUGGGAUUCCAAUGUGGCAUUUCAGGCUCUGGGAUGUACAAGACGUUACUGUGUUUCUCAGCAUCACAUUGUAUAUGUGUUACCUAGCCGGAGCCAUCUCCAUCCACUCUCCCCAGAGGAGCCUGACCAGGUCUGUGCAGGACGAUGUGUUUUUCUCAGUGGACGUUACCUGCAGUGGGGUACCCACCAUACAAUGGACCUUUAUGUCAGGAGCGGUGAGCCGCGCCAUCGGGACCUGGCAGCCGGGGGUGUACACCAACAUAACGGUGGAUUACGGGAACAGAGUGCAGUCCUUCGACAAUGGCUCGAUGGGCCUGUCAGACUUGCGACUACAGGAUGCAGGAUUCUACGUGGUCACCGUCACGGAAAGCGCAGGAAGCAGCAAGGACACUGGCUUUGUCCUGAAAGUGAACGAGGUGCUGUAUGAGGAUCUCCAGUACCUGUCCAUCUCUGCCUUAGCACUGGCCUGUGUGGCCGGCCUUCUCAUGCUGGUCAUGUGGCUGCUGGACAAGGCUUACAGGAAGAUAGUGGCAUGGAGACGCAGGAAACAGAUGCCAGAAACGGACGCGACAGAGCUGCAGCGCCUUUGAUGGACGUCUCGCUGUGCUUUAGACAGGAAAAAGAACUGCAGACUGUUCAUCCAACCUAAGGACUACUUUUUUUAAGUUAGAUGUGUAAGGCUACAUGAAAUAACCGAGUAAUUUUACUAAGUUACUAACAGACAGGAAGAUGGUUUGCCAAUUAUGAAACUGUGUACCCAAAAUGUUGACAUUUGUAUUAAAUACGCAUGCUUUUACAGCACUGAUGAUGAUACUGGAUUGAAUGUAAAUAUAUCACUCA